UCGAUCGUAUGUAAAAUAAACACUGUAUAUUGUGCUCCUAACUACCGCUGGGGUAUUUUAUAGAAAGUAUACAAAUACGUUUGUAGCUGAAUUAGUUGAGCGGAUAAAAAUUUAAUGACACCUUCUUCAAUAUAAACGUUUACAUUACACGUGAAGUCAGUAAAAGGCUAAUAGGUUUCACCAUGUCGAAUACUGUAGUUCAAUAUGUUUUGUUACGUAGUGAUUUAUUGAAAGAAUUGGGAUGGUCUAUUGGAGCACUGGUAGCACAAGCAUGCCAUGCAGCUACGGCGGUCUUACACCUUUACAAAGACGACGAGCACACAGUUCAGUAUUUGAAUGAUUUAGACAAUAUGCACAAGGUAGUUUUAGAGGUUCCAAAUGAAGAAACACUGAAGAAAUUGGCCGAGAAACUGAAAGAGAAUGAUAUAGCUCAUAAACUAUGGAUUGAACAACCAGAAAAUGUAGCCACAUGCCUUGCCCUGAAACCAUAUCCAAAAGAUGAGGUGAAAAAAUUUGUAGGAAAAUUUAAAUUAUACAAAGCAACACUAGAAACUUCAAAAUAGAUAAUUUUUAUAUAAUAACUCGCUAUUCAUGUAGGAAAAUAAAUUAAGUAUUUUUAAAACUAUGUUUAAAUUAAUCAUAUGUAGCACAUUACAAUUUACUUGAAUAUUCUACAACUCAAAAUUCAAAAAGGAACACAGUGGUUAAUUGUCAUAUUUUCUGUAGAAGAGAAUCAUUUUUGUUAAACAAUGUAGUGUAUUACUUAAUUACCUAAACUUCUUAUAAAAUACUUCAAUGAAGAAUACCACUAAUGAAAUUCCACAACCACUAAGAUAAGUAUAAUAAACUCCUGCUAUAUCACUACAUGACACUGGUUUAGAAACAUUAUGUUUAUUUUUGUAAUACUUAAGUUUCUUCAUGUGAAUAUAUGUUAACAUAGAUUUUUGCUGAAAACCAAAAGCAAUUAUGUGACGUUCAAGAUA